UUAAUUUUUACUCUAUCAAUUUUAUUUUAAUAAUUUAUUAAUUUUUAUUAUUUUUGAUUUAAAUGAUCUCAGUAUUCUCAGUUCAGUUGCUAACUUGAUUGUACUGCUGUCAGAGUGUCAGUGAGUGAUGUGAAAUGGCAGGUCUACAAAUUAAUUUUUAGUUUUUCACAAAUGUUUUGUUAUUUUCAACAUUUUAAGAAAAUUUACGACUUAAAUAUUCAACAUAGAACCUAUCUAAUCCAAGAAUAUUAUCGUUUGAGUAAAAUUUAUUGGAAUUAUUGCAACAAAGCUUCAGGCGAAACAGCUACUGAAAUUAUUUGUUACACACAAACAUGAAUGUAACAAUUACUGACAAGAAGUGGGCUAUGUACAUAUUUUCUCAGUCAAACUUUUUGCUGUUCUAAUGGUUCGGUCUGAGAAAAAUAGUAAAAUGAGUUCAGAACAGCCCUUAAAAAAGAAGUUAAGAAUAGAAAAUGAGCCAGAUAAUCCAGAUGAAACUGAUUUUAUCCACAACUUAGCUGAUGAAGGAGUGCCAACUGAUUUCCAAGCUCUCCAUUUAUCUCUUCCUCACAUAAAUGAAGAAGAUAUUACUAGAAAUGCGGUAAACUUACAACUCCAUAGUGAAAAUACCUUAUUCAGAACUAGUGAUAAGUUUGAAAGUGCUAUAAGUGAUUCAAAAAAUGAUACGAUUCUUAGUAAUGAGAUUUCAUAUAUUAGUAGUACUGAAAAUAUUUCAAUUAAACCAGCACCAGAUAUUACAUCUCCAUCAAAAUCUACAGAUUCACUAAUAAAAACUGUACAUUUAACGUGUUUGGCUACUGAUAAAAUAGACUCCUUAAAUGAAGUUAAUAUUGAUGAUAAUGAAUUUGGACUGGAUGAUUUUCAAACCAUCCUUAUAAAACAAUGUUUAUGUGGUGUACCAGACUCGAUUUUGAGAACACCCUUUGAGGGUCAACAGAUCAAUGAUUGUAAUAUAGUAAGAACUGCUAUCCUAUCAGAAUGGCCAAACAAGAAAGUCUUACAGUUUUUAUCUAAUCUGCAGAUCCUAUUUGAUGUUUACUUAAAACAAAAUAACAAAGGAUUCAUCUGUUCGAAAAUAGUUAGUAUAUGUGAGGCAUUAAUUUGUAAUGAGUACAAUUUAAUUGAACAGAUAAUAUCACUUUGCGAAACAAGAGAUAAAUACAUCAAUUUUUUGGCAGCUAAAGUUUUAAGUAGUUUCUUAGUUAUAGCAAAGACAAAUAUAAAUAAUGAGUGGUUAGAAACUAUAGUUAACUUUUUCUCUAGUGAAAAUUAUGAUUAUGUAAAAAUUCAGUUUGCUUUAGAGGUUGUGAAACGGGUUGUUGAAUGGAAAGAUAUUGAAUUACAUGUUUUGGAAGAAGGGGAUAAUUCAGAGUCAGCAGGUCCUAGUUCUCAAGAAAUAGUAAAUGUAAAUUGUAUUACUGUGCCUUUUACUGACCCUGAGAGCUAUGAUACUUCAGCAAUUAAGGGUCUGAUUAUAAAGAGUCUGGAAGCAAAGUGGCCUGAACUUAUUCACAUGGUCCAAACCUUAAUAUUGCAUAAUAACUCAGUUCAAGCACAGACAUGUGUGCUUACUUUCUUAGCUUUAUGGGAAAGUACUAUUUCUGUUAAAGCCAAUCUGAGUGUCAUAGACACUAAACCAUUCUAUGCUCACCUGGAAAUCUUUGUGGGUAUGUUAAAUAGUCAACUACAACCAAUUGUUUGGAAACAAAUAUUGUCCCUGUUUAAUGAAGUACUCUGCUAUGGUAGCACACUGGCUUUGCAAGAUAUGCUACCAGAUGAUACUUGCCAAUUGGCACAUUUGUUAGUUAGAUAUGUUAAAGAUUAUAGACUGUUGGAUAGUUUACCCUUUAAGAGAAAUGAAGGCUUUAUUGUAAAUAGUUUUGUUGGGACCAUUGCAAGUUUGCAACCAGGGCAAAGUAACAUUGAUAAAACUUUAUUGCAAAAAAUGGUUUUAUUAGUUUUAAAAUCAGUAGCUGUAACUAUAAAAGAAACCAGAUCAGACAGUUCUGAUUCAAGUGUUGGAUCAGAUGACUCUGAUUUUUAUCAAGAUAUGCAAUUAAUAGAACGUUCAAUUAGGGAUGUGUUGAAAAAAGUUGAUGUUUUUAUUAAAAAUAGUUUAGAUUUUCAUCCAGAAACUCCAUUAUCUAAAAUAUUAAUUCACCUUUUUAAUGAUCAAGAUGAUUAUAUGAUCGAAGCGAUGGUUUGUACAUUGGAUAUAACUAUAGGAAUUUCUUAUAGAAAUGCUGUCUAUCCUGAUUUAAUAAAUAUGCUAAAUCCUAUACACUCCUUCAUAGAAUUCCUAAAAGUUGUUAGCCAUCAUUCUGAUAUACUUUUAGAUUAUUUGGUUAGUAAUGAAACCUGUUUCUUAUUGUAUUUAUUAAGGUUCCUAAAAUUUACUAAAAGAAAUUGGUCCAAAUUUAUAAGUAGUUGUGGGGAGGGUAGUACAUCUCGAGGUAGUGAAUUAGAUGAUACAAUGUCUGUUUUAAUACGCCUUAAAAUGCAAAUAAAUAGGUUAGUGUCUAGAGAUCUGUUCCCUUAUAACAUAACACCAAUUUUGAGAUUAUUAGAAACUUGUGAAAAUUUAUAUGAAGGAAAUGAGUUUAGUUGAUUGAAGAAGACAAAAUAACCAAAAGGAUCAUAGAAUAACUACAGUACAAAAGAUUAUUGCCUUAGUUAAUUAUUAAUUUAAUAUUUAUUUAUAUUAAUCGAUCACUAGUAUUUAAUAUAUUAACUUUGUAUUGUUUUGACUUUUAAUAAUGAUUUUUUUUAUAAAAAGUAAUUUGUUCUACAAUAAUUUAAACAAAAGUUUAAUUCCAAAAAAUAUUUAAAAUUACUUAUUUUGUACAUUUCAAGUAAGAACUAUUGCAGUCCAUUUCUAAACUGUGAUACUAAAAAAUAAUUCAAAGAAAAAAUGAUUUUAUUUUCUUCAAAAUAAAGAAAGUAAAUGAUAACUUACUUACCUCUUUUAAAAGCAUGACUAUAUUCUACAUUGUACAUUUUUUAUUUAAAAAAGCAUUAUAAUUAAUUUAAAGUUCUAUAAAAACUAGAUUUUGAUUAAACAAAAUUGUAAUUCAUGAGUACAUGUGUAGUGUCAUUUGCAUAUUAUAGGACAUUUUUUAUAGUAUGUGUUGUGAGAUAUGCAAUUUUUAUCUUCAGCUUCUUCAACUUAAUUUUUUUUUGUAAAAGUUUGAGUAUAUCUUAUCUAAUACAAGGUAGGCUUGAAAAUAUCAAAUUGGCUCCAGUAUAUCACAUGUCCGCCUACUAAAAAAAUAUUCGCAUAUUCAGAUACUAUGAAACAAUUUCCCACAUUCGCUAAAUGCAAAGUCAUGGUAGGGGGAGCAAAAGGGAUACUAGUGCAAGCUAUGAAAAAUUCAAGUACUUUAGGGCAAUAUUUUAUCAUUUUGAUGUACACUUAAUUUUUUUUAUAAAAUAAAUUAAGCAUCCAGAGUUGCUGUGUUGUAAAUUGUAAAAAUAAUAGCAAAAUUAUAAAUGUCCAGUUGCAAAAU